AUGGUAAAGCACGGCAGUGACCACGGCCGAGCUUCGAAGUAUCCACAGGUCGACUGCGUCCGUGACAAUGUCCGCGAAGGACAAGGCUCUAUUGGAACGGUUGUGGUUCUGGUGACCAGAGAUACCUUCGCUGCUGUCUGCUGGGGCAUCACGAGCAGGAUUGAACUCACGCAAUGCGACACUGAAGUCGUGAACAAGUAUGACUUUACAUACGACUGCGAACGACAAGAUGAAGCGAUGCAAGAGCUGAUGGCGAAUACGGUGGAAUACCAGAUACAUAUGUGCCAAUACUCGCUCCUUUUGGGAGAGAUCAUCCCGCAUCGUGUGAUACUGAGUCGAACCUCACCGGACGCCUUCCUGGAGCGAGUGAGGCUUGAACGAAAGCUGGAGCACUUACGAUCAUGGCUCAAUCUUUUGUCUUCUGACAAAGACAUCUCGCCUUGUUUCACCAUUUGCAGGCUUGAAUCUGCACUAUCCCUAUUCCAUGAAUACCUACGUAUCUUGCUAUACCUGCGCAAAUCGACCAUCCGGAAUACGUCUAACCAUACUACGGAGCCACAGAUGUUAUCUGUCGAUGACUCACUUCGAGACCGUGGAAGCUAUUCCCACUCUGUGCUUGUCAGCGCCUCUCAUAGCACCACCACAAUGGCCACCUCGCUGACCACUCAGGAACUUAUCUUUAAUCUACCACACGAAUACUUGGUAGGGAUCUUCUCCGCCGAGGUAGCUCUGAUCGGUCAGCUCAUACCCUCUGAUCACGCAGCCUCCUCAAUUGCCGCGAGAGAUCAGAUAUGGGUGUCUGAGAUGGUCAUGCACACUGUCAAAAUCUUUUUGGGAAUCGUCCGUCUCGGCUUUAAAGAUGUUCAAAGAGAUCUCAUCAAUCGAUGCAAUCAAUCAGAGAUUAAUUGGGUCCUUGUGGAAAAGCAACUGCGCUCGUGGGAUCAGUUGUUUCAGAGAGGAACGGCUCCAAGUAGAAGAAAAACAAAAAUCUGGGAGUUGCCCGGGUGGUUGUUGUUCGAGGGGUUUGUCACGUCAAAGAAUGUAUUGAUGGCUCUGCUUGCACAAAUGCCAACAGGACAGCUAUCUGGUAUUACAUACCCGCCCGCGGACAACGAAUAA